UUGUGUAUUGCGACUACACGGCGUCCGGGAGGUCGCUGCAGUUUAUCGAGGACUACAUCCUGCACGAGGUGCUUCCCUGCUAUGGCAACACGCACACCACGACCAGCAUCACCUCCCUGCAGUCUACGCUGUUCAGGCACGAGGCUCGGGACAUCAUCCGGAAUGCCGUCAACGCCUCGGAGCACGACGUGGUCAUCUUCGCGGGGAGCGGCUGCACUGGCGCCGUGCACAAGCUGAUCCAGGCGCUGACGCUCACCGAGGCGCCCGUCGUGUUCGUGGGGCCCUGCGAGCACCACUCCAACCUGCUGCCAUGGAGAGAGAUCGGCGCCCAGAUCGUGCGCAUCGCCGAGACGCCGGAGGGCUUCCUAGACCUGCAGGACCUGGAACUGCAGCUGCAGACGUUCCAGGCAAGCGGGAAGCAGCUCAUUGGCUGCUUCUCGGCGGCCUCCAACAUAACGGGCAUCGUCACGGACGAUGUGGCCACUACCCUGCUUUUGCACCAGUACAAUGCACUGGCCUUCUGGGACUAUGCCACAGCAGCUCCCUACGUUAAAAUGGACAUGAAUCCCAAUGUUCCUGGAGUUAGUGAACAAUCAGUGCACAAAGAUGCAAUAUUUUUUUCUAUGCACAAAUUUGUUGGAGGUGUACAAACCCCUGGAAUACUCGUUGCAAAGAAGUCUUUAUUCCGUAACACAGUGCCAAAUGGAUGUGGAGGUGGUACUGUCUUUUUUGUCACCCAAGGUGGCCAUCGCUAUCUUAAAGAUACAGAGAUGAGGGAAGAAGGGGGCACAGGAGCUAUUGUUGAGUCUGUGCGUGCUGGUUUAGUAAUGCAACUUAAGGAAGCUGUUGGUCAUCCAAGCAUCAUGGCCAGAGAGGAAAAAAUUUGCAAAAUGGUUCUAGCACACAUUCGCACCAUUCCAGAACUUAUACUUCUUGGUAAUAAUUCUUCAUCUGUUCAAAGACUCCCAGUGUUUUCUUUCAUGGUUAGGCACCCUCGAGGCACUUUCCUACACCACAAUUUUGUUUGUGCUAUCUUAAAUGACGUAUUUGGGAUUCAAGUGAGAGGGGGUUGUGCUUGUGCGGGUCCAUAUGCUCAAGAUCUACUUGGCAUUAGUGAAGAACUAGCAGCUGAUUAUGAGGCAGUUUUAAUGGAAGACAGCCGUUUAGAUCGAACUCACUUAAGGAGGAAGGGAGAACAUUCAACAUAUGAAAUGUUAAGGCCAGGAUUUGCCAGAGUUUCCAUUCCAUACUUUAUGUCUGACUCAGAGAUAGCAUUUGUGUUGGAAGCUCUGAAAAUGGUUGCAACUGAAGGCUGGAAACUUUUACCUCAAUACAUUUUGAACCCAGACACUGGAGAAUGGAGACAUAACACAAAUACGGUUUUCCGAGACAGAAAGUGGCUUGGAUCUAUUCGCUAUGUUGAUGGAAAGAUGCAAUCCUUUGAACGUCGUGUAUCUGGACAAACUCCUUGUCCUCAUGACACGGGUGAUUGCUUGCAUACUGCUAGAAACAUUUUCAACAAAGCAAGAAAAAUGGCCCAGAGGUAUCCUCUUCCUGACCAACGACUCAUGUUUGAUCAAAAUACUGCUGCAUUACGUUGGUUUAUGCUGCCAAGUGAAGCUCAAGACUUGCUUCUGGGCAAUGUUCAGAAUGUAAAACAGGAAGUGCCUUUUGAUCCUACUCCAUAUUCUGGUGCAAGAGGUCGUACUUCAAGCUGUGACAGUGCCUCCUCUGGAGAAACAACACCUGGUGUGCAACAAACUAGUCCUAUCAGCAAUGGUAGUACUCCACCAAAAUGUCCUUCGGCCACGUCUUUUGCUCGGCACAACAGCUUAUCAAGUAUUGAAAAUUUGCCACGAUUUGUGGGGAGCCCAACUGCACCCAUACAGACUAGAACAAGGAUAAAUUCUUUACAAGUUCCUCUGCAGUGGGUACCCCCGCAAACGGAUAAUGUUGGCCCCUUGAGUCCUUUGAGCCCAUUACGCUUCUGCAUUGGUGACCCUGUUCAUCCAAGCAGCCCACCAUUGGGCAUAAAUACUGAUUAUUUCAGUUCCCUGGCUCGCAUGCGCUGCAAUAGUCUUGGCUCACCUAUGUCGUGUUCUGAUGUGAAUGCUCCAAUUUCAUCAGUUCAGAGUAGUUGUAGCUGUGGUAGCCAAGUAGAUCUCAAUUCCAUUGACAAGGACUUCUACUCACUUCCACCAUACUCUGCACAGAUGUCUACAACCUCCUUGGAUGGAAGUGUGUGCAGCAACUCCUCACCCAAUUCAGAAGGCAUCUGUGCUUAUGUGCAUGAAGUGACAAAGGAACUUGCAACAGAAAUAAAAUCUGAAAUCCGUGAAGUCAUAUCACAAGUAGAGGAUGUUCUCUCCGAUUCUACUGAGAUAUCAUCAACCAAUGGCUCGGCAGAACGUCUCCAUAGCUCCUCUCGUAUGCGAUGUGACUCUGUGUCAGCAGAGCAUGUGGCUGAAUAUUUGGCCGACAAAGGGAAAGACCUCGUCAGCGAAAUGAAGACAGAGAUACGUGGCAUGGUUGACGGACUUAUGUCUCCUGACAAAUCUCCUAUGCUUUCUCCAGUUGUGAAAGAAGUUCCUAAAAAGUUAGAUUUCAAGUCUAAUAUGAAGAGCUUUGUUGCUGAUCCAUCACCAGACAAAACAAUUAGUGAAGAUUCUAGUGAGGAAACAGUAGUGCACACUUUGGCUGGAAAAGAAAUGGGUAGAUCACAGGAAAAUAGUGAUGGUGAUGAAGAGUUUGAUACAACCGAAUCAAUCACUGAUGGUGUAAGACAAAUUAAUCUGGAUGAAGUAAAGUCACUUGACACCAGGGUCAAUAGUAUUAGUUCACAAGAUAGUGGCAUAAACAUGUUGUGCUCUGAAUCAGAAAAAAGAACCGGAAGUAAGCACAAAAAGAAAAAUUCAAAGGAAUGCAUACCUUGCAAGAAGAAAAGUGUUUGUAAAAGGGAGGAGCCAAAAGAAAUUUGCAGCGAAGAGGAUAGCGAUGCCACCAAACCUGAAUGCUCUCCUUGCACAAGUGAAAGUGAAAAUGACUCUAAAAAUCGAGACCAUUGCUUUACUUGCACUAAGAAUGAUGCAUUGGGAAAACCAAACUCCCAACCUACUAAAAAGAAGAGUGUGAUUAGAGUUGAAGGUAGCACAAAAGUUACAUCAGAGGCUGGUGAAGAGACAAUUACCUCCUCAUGCAAGAAGCGUAGUGUUUGUACCAGUGGAACUGGAAGCGCCUUUACAUGCCCUAAAGAUGACGAAGAUGUUGUUAAAAAAGCUUGUGCUCUACGCAGGAGCUCCAGAGCUGGUAUCAGUGAAGUAGACAACAAAAAGCCUGUUAGCUCAGAAAGGUUGCGCUCCAAAGGUGGAUGGCAUUGUCCUCCAAAGAAUGUCUGGAAGCCUACUAUGGAAGCAGUUGAUGAAUUUGGUAUGAUUCGAGAUGGUGACAAAGUUAUGGUGUGUCUAUCUGGUGGAAAGGAUUCUUUGAGUCUUUUACACACACUGAGACAGUAUCAAUUUUAUGCUCGAACCAAAGGAAUUAACUUCACACUUGGUGCUGCGACAGUAGAUCCUGGUAGCACAGCUUAUGAUCCAAAACCUCUUAUUCCAUAUCUUGCUUCAUUGGGGGUGCAUUACAUGUAUGAAGAACAGCCGAUUCUGGACCAAGCUCUUGAGAAUGGCUGCUCUUCUGUAUGUUCAUUCUGCAGUCGUAUGAAACGAGGAAGACUGUAUGCGGCAGCUCGUGCUAAUGGUUACAAUGUGCUUGCCUUGGGUCAGCACCUUGAUGAUCUAGCAGAGAGCUUCCUCAUGUCUACUUUCCACAAUGGAAGACUCCGUACAAUGAAGGCUCAUUACCACAUUAAGUAA